GGAAGAAGAAUAAAUAAAAAUAAUAUUGUAAGUAUUUUAAGUGAAGAAAACAAAAAAGAGGAAAAAGAAAAAAAAAUGGAAUAUAAACCUACAAAAAUAAUUGCGCGGGAAACCCGACCGCGCGGGGGACAUAACUCGGCCCUCCGGUCUCCGUCUUCUCCCUUCGCCGCCUCCAUGGAAAAGUUCGUCGAGCCCGUUCACUCACCUCAACAAAACCCUAAGCCUCCUCUCAGGCCUCACUGGAAGCGGAUGAUCGCCGAACUCGAAGGAAGAGUGCCUUUCUGUUAUCGGCGCCAAGCUUCUCAGCUUCUGCUUGAUUCGCUUGCCGAGGUUAGGAUUUUCGAACAUAAUUACAGAACCGAACCUGAUGGCUGUCCGACGCACAUGGCACGGAUGGCUAACGUUGCAAAUCUGGACAUGCCGGUUUCUUAUUUAAGGCAGGGGACUUCUGGAUUAGACUUCGACACCAAGGGAAUUUAUCUUGCAUCAGUAACAAAAACAGGAUGCUUAACAGUGCAUGACUUUGAAACCUUGUACUGUACAAUAUAUGGUCCAAAGUCAAGUUCAUUGGAGGAUGAGACAAAGGAUUUGCUCCAUAUUUAUACCUCCAAGGCAUUAGAUUAUGUUCGCUGGAAUCCGACUAAUCAAGAUGAGGUAGCUUGUGCUUCUAGACAACAUGAUAAAGUCAUGCUUUUUGACAUUGGUUAUAUCUCGUCUGAGCCUGUUGAAGUGUUAGAGAAAGGCAAAUCAAAGUUUUCUCAUCAUACUUGUGAACUCUACAAUGGGUUGUCUGAAAUAAUGUUUGCUUCAGCUGACAAGUCAAGGUUGCUUGCUUCUGGUCUUGAUGGUGCUAUUUACAUAUGGGAUAAGAGAUUGAGUAAUUUUCCAUGUCUUGAGCUAACGACUAAUUCACAUAGCCAACUUAAUAGUAUUGCAUUGGACUUGGAAGAUCGGGUUGUAUUUGGGGCAAGUAAACAAGGAAUCAUUUAUGCUUGGGAUCUUCGUGGAGGACGGCCAUCAUAUGCUUUUCAAAGUCACAAUGAUGCAUCUUGCUCCCUCCUGGCAUCUCUAAAGGUUUCGUCAAUGUUGGAGAGAAUCACAACUUUAAAGGCACAAUCAAACAUCGUCUCAAGGGAAAUUCACUCCAUCAGCUUUGAUCCAUCUUGCUAUCAUCAGUUAGCAUUUCAUCUGGAUGAUGGCUGGUCUGGAGUCUUGAAUGUCAGCAGCUUCAAUGUGACACAUGUGCAUUGUCCACCGCCUGCUUGGUUGGAUGGCAUGGACAUAUCGACAAGUUCAAUCAUGCGAAGACCCUCUUGGCUUCCGACGUGCUCGAUAUAUGCAGUUGGAUCUUCUUCUGGUAAUGGGUUGUAUCUUCUGGACUUCUAUCCAGGCACAAGCUCAGCAUGUCAUGUAGACUUCAUCGAGGAAUCACAGAACACUUAUAAGGAAUAUCGUGGAGCAGUCAAAAACCAGUAUGUUCCUGUGUCACAGAACAUACUAGUCUGUGCUGUCCAUCCCCUCAAUGAAACAAUAAUUGCAGGGACUAAGGAAUCUUCUUUGCUGGUGGUCUCUCCAAGGCUUCAGGAGCUCCAGAGCACAAACUCUACUACCUGAUGGCCAUAAACAUGCCAGCAUCAUCAUCAGUGACUAGUGAGAACAUGUACAUGAAGCCCAUGAGUUAUCAAUAGCCACCGAUCUUGGUUUAUAAACACACAUCUGCAUAUCACAGUGAGCAGCAGCUAUUUUUGUGCCUCAAAUAACCACUCAUUUAUGCUACAAGAACAAUGUCUGCUGGGAACUUUUGGGAAGCAGAUACAGGUCAGCAAGAUACCCUUCUCGACUGUCAAUCCGAUCUAUUUAUUUGAUGCUGCCUUUUCUGUCAUGGUUUCAAGAUGCUCCAAUGGUUGUUAUAUCAAGCUUGUUCAUUAAAAAAAACUGUUGUUUGGGUUACCAUUUUAAGAUGGGGGUUUUGAUUUCAUUUAUAUCCUUGAAUUCGCUUGAUGAUAUGUAGCCCCAACCUAUUUUUGUUAAUUUUUAUUUUUAUGUAAAAAGAUAAAUGAUGAAGAUGAAAUUUUGUUAUGGACUGUUGAUAAUAGUAAAUCACAAAUUCAUUUUUUUGAGUAAUUUAUGUUGAAAAGUCCUCACUAAUUUGUUUUUAUCAGUUGACUUGCCUCCAUCGAGAAAUUAUCAGGCACAUUUCUUUUUAUAACUUCAAUUUUGCUCUUCUAAUUCAAAUAAUUUUUUUUUCAAUACAUUUGAAUUGAUUUGGAUUUAGUCAAAAUUCUUGAAAACUUAUGUUACUUCCUUUUUCUCUAUCUUUUUUUUUUUUUAAUUGAUAAGUGAUGAAGGCGGGAUUCGAGAUUAGGAUCUUGUGAUAAAUUAUCAAAAUCUUUAUUAAUUAAGUUGUUUAUAUUUUUUUUGUUUUCCAUCUCUUUGCUUCAAUGGUUAUCAUCAUCUCAUCUCAUUUCGAUCUCCAAUACUCUAUGUAUAAUCUCUUAUUUUGAUCAACGGUUAUCAUCUUUUAUUGUUUCUUAUAUUAUAAUUAAUCUUUCUAUCGUCUUC